CAAAAAGCCACUAAGUAGUGUAUUCAACUCUAAGCCACAUCGCUUUGAAACAGAGUAUUUUUUUGGCCUUCUUUAAAUUUUCUGUUUAUAUCUGGUUAAUCACAAGUUAAGUACUCUUCAUAACAUAAUCACAAGGAUGAAGUUCUUCGUCGUGAUCGUGUUUUGUGCAAUCUUCUUAUCUGUCUCCGCGGAUUCGGAUAAUAUGCAGGACACAUGUCCGACUGCUCCGGGAAAACAGAGCAUCUUCUUCAUUAACGGCUAUCCUUGCAAGAACCCGACUGAGAUUAACGCUCAGGAUUUCAAGUCCACCAAACUUACAGUAGCUGGAGAUACAGACAAUUAUCUCCAGUCGAGCGUCACAUUGCUCACUGCUUCAGAGUUUCCAGGUCUCAACACUCUUGGCCUCUCCGUCUCAAGGACUGAUCUUGAAAGGGACGGAUCUGUGCCGUUCCAUUCGCAUCCGAGGUCAUCGGAGAUGCUCUUUGUGGUCAAAGGAGUCGUGUUUGCUGGAUUUUUGGAUACUAAAAACAAGAUUUUUCAAACAGUUUUGCGAAAAGGCGAUGUUUUUGUCUUCCCCAAAGGAUUGCUUCAUUUCUGCUUGAGUGGUGGUUUCGAACGAGCCACCGCUUUAUCGUUUUACAAUAGCCAGAAUCCUGGAGUCGUGGAUAUUGGAGGAGUUUUUGGGAUCGAUCAAGAGCAUAUAAAGAACAUGACGAGGUCUUUGGUUACUGGCUCUGGCUCUAGAGUCACCAACGGAGAUGAGCUUUAGAGUGUUUCUCUUACUCAUCUUAUUGCUGUUAUUGAAUAGGAGAAAUGUUUUUAAGAUCCAAGAGUAUCGGAUUAUUGAUCAGAUUG